AUGGCACUGCACGAUUCAGACAUCUUGCCCGAGAACAACACGCAUCCAAAAUGGUGGAAAGACCCAGGCUUACGGACGCUGAAUUUCCUCAUACUUGGCAUCAUCUCCAUACAGAUCACCUCGGGCUACGAUCAGGUCGUCGUCGGCAGCUUCCAGGCAAUGAGACCAUGGUAGGAAGCAUGAUUUGAGGAGACAGGGGACCUUUCAGUGAUGAUUUUCCAGGUUGAAUGACAUGGGCAACCCAGGUCCAUCGCGGAUGGGCCUCAUCACAACCGCAACGUUCAUUGGAAGCCUGGUCGGGUCACUGCCAGCGUCUUCAUGUUCGGAUAGAUUUGGGAGGAAGUCGGGACUUCUCUUGGGGUCUCUGGCUACGAUAGCUGGCAGUAUCUUCCAGACAGCUGCUCGCGGCUACAUCCAAUUCACUUUUGGAAGAGCUCUGGUUGGCGUCGGCAUCUCUUUCAAUGUCAUUGCUGGACCAAGCCUGAUUGCCGAACUUGCUCAUCCUCGACAGCGUGGGGCUGUAUCGGGCUUCUUCAACACCCUCUGGUACGUCGGCUCCAUAGCAGCAGCGUUCACAUCGUUUGGAACAGGCCAUCUCAAAACCUCCUGGUCUUGGCGCAUACCUUCGCUACUUCAGGUCCUGCCUCCUUUGUUCCUGUUAUCAAUCCUCCGCUACAUACCCGAGUCACCACGAUAUCUGCUCGCAAGAGGUCGUGAGCAGGACGCAUAUGCAAUGCUGGUCAAAUACCACGCCAACGGGCACGACAAUGACAAACUGGUGGAAUGGGAAAUUCAAGGGAUCAAAAAUGACAUCGAAACCGAAGUUGAGAAUGCUAGAGCUCCAUGGUCGACUCUCUGGGAUACGAAGGCAAGCCUCAAGCGCACAUUGUGCGUGUUGUCUGUGGCAUUCCUCUGCCUUUGGUCUGGGCAGUCCUUCAUUGGCUACUACUUCUCGCCCAUAUUGAGCCAAGUAGGAAUCUUGGGAACAGCUCGACAAACUGGCAUCAAUGGUGCCCUUCAGGUAUCAAAUCUGGCCACGUCGCUUGCCGGCGCCCUUCUAGCCGAUCGCAUUGGACGGCGUGCGCUUUGGAUGAUCUCAGUCGCAACAAUGAUACUUGCCAAUGCUGGCACCAUUGUGGCCUCUGCCAAGGCCACCGACAAUAGUAACGCGGCUUCACACACGGUCGUCGUCUUCCUGUUCAUCUACAGUGCCGGAUACACCAUUGCCUGCAACCCGUUGUGUUACGCCUAUCCAGCGGAGCUCCUGCCUUUUUCGGUUCGUACGAAGGGAUUGAGCGUAUACGUGUUCUUUUCUUACAUACUCGCAACAGUGGACAUCGUAAGACGAAUCCUGCUACGUACUACUUGACACGAUGAGCUGACAAGAGACAGUAUGUCAACCCAAUUGCACUGGCCGCGAUUAGUUGGCGCUUUUGGUUCGUCUAUCUCGGUCUUCUGGUCUCCGGUUUCGUCCUUGUAUACUUUGCGUGGGCGGAAACCAAAGGUCUUUCGUUGGAGGCUACUGGAAGGCUCUUUGAUAAGGGCUCCACAGAGUGCAGUGGAAAGCUCGAAGGCUACUCGUCUCAAAUCACGUCUGACUAG